AUGACAAGUGCCAUCGUUUGUCAAAUUUCGAUUUUAGUAGAUCUGACGAGAAUUGUAAUUUUGAGACUUAAACUCUUUUCCACUGACUUUGCUUCUGUAGAUCGUUUCACAACUUCCACUUUGUACACUCAGCGAUUUUUUAUCUCGACUAGAUAUACUCCCGAAGAAGAGGCACGAGAUAAAUUGACUACUUUGAAUUUCAGGAGAAAUGUAUUUGAAGACGCGCAGGUGUCCGGUGCAGUAUUCCGACAUUUGGCACUGCAGCGUCCCAAUAAGUACUUGUUUUAUAAUCGGAAAUCCAUCCGUUUGGAGCUAAAAAGAACUGUGCUUUUCAGCAAGAAAUCGAAAAUAGCCUGUCCUAGUCCUAGAACAACAGCAACAUAGCUACCUAUUCGUAGACACGACAAGCGAACCUCAGAAGCUAGUAGCUGCGAAGAUUUUCGCAAAACUAUUUCCUAGAAGCGGCUCCCCGCCGAAGUAUCCGCAUGGAUAGCAAGCGAAAGCUUCUUCAAAAAGGAGUUGUACUAGUAGAACGAAUUAUUAUUGUUUUUCGUACGACGCCAGACUAGCGCAACUUCUACAAAUCGCUCUUCAGGAUGAAAAGCAGAUAGGAAAAAAUUCGCGACAGCGAAAAAUCUGGUAUGGAAAUAAGAAGCCGUGAUGAGAAAAAUCUGCUUCGAAGAAACACAAACAAUGCUUAGCCUAGCAACUGCUAGGACCGCAAUAGAUUCUACAGGAAUAGGUGGCCCUGGCAGUCCAGAAUCGGACAUGGAAAAGUCAAUAUAGCUGUUGAAAAACACUACCACAUCAUCGCAUCACACUACCGCAGAGGGUCGUAUUGAAAUUCUUGCAGCUUCUCACAGUAUUGGGAGAGUCGCUUCUUCCAGCUGUGACAGGUUGCGUAGAGCUCAGUUUCUGUUUCAAAACUUUUUGCCUCUCUGCAACGAAUUUUGAUAGAAAGAUCGUAGCGAUUCGCUAGCAAACAACAAGUAGCAACAGCUACAUAAAGUAAGAUGAUAUGACUCUUUUCCUUUCAGGAACUGGAAAUGAAAUAUGGCGAAAGAGUAAAAACGAAAAUGUACUCGAAUAAAUCAAUGUUGAAGGACGCAGCUUUGAAUUGAUAGAGCAAGUACUACUGAGCAAAAAUAGCGAUAGUGAUGAAAACUACAUCAAUUAGCACUACAAUAGUGCACGCGGCGAAGAGGAGGCAGCUGACGCGUGCCACUAGUAUCUUUAUUCAAUUUGAAAUAGUACAAAAAUGCGGCAAGGGCUCCCUAUUGUUGCUCUGAACGGGCGGAAAGUCCUAGUAGAGGUGGUGAUAGAAGGAAACAGGCUCUUGAAACUGCACAAAGUAUCAUCUUUCGAAAAUUGGAAAACCUGAGUAAUUCACAUUCACUAAUCUGCGAAAAAAUCAAAAGCAAAACUACAAAACGUAAAAUUUUUACUGUCUCAGAAGUAUCAAGCAUUGCUCAUCGUUAUCUACUCUUUCCGACACAUCAGAAGAUUUAUUUUAUGCUACUUGUUACAACUUCCCGGCGAGAUAAGCGGUUCUUUUCUGCCAAAUAAUUUCAUCAGCACCAUUGGUAUUUCAAUUUCUUCACUUCAGGUAUGAAUUCGCGGCUCAACAAGCUCGGUCGAGAACCGAGUUUCCAUUAUUUCACUGCUAGACCUAGAUAUACUCGCACUAAUCGUAAUCUCAGAUAGCGUAAGGUAAAAUUGUUCUUCGUAGUAUCACCCACCACAAAGUUGGUCUUCAAAUCUUGACUUUAGAAUAGCACACUUUACCGAACUGUAAAUGGCGUUAGACCAAGCGGCGAGUGAGAAUUACUCAUCGCGCUUGAAAGUACACCUUUCUGUAAGGAACAACGACCAUUAAAACCUGUAUGGGACGACGACGAUUUACACCUAGAGUAUUUCAUGUCUUUCAGAGGAGAAUGACACCUACUGUAUUCCUCCCCACUACUAGGGCUGCUACUACGCUGAUUAUUUCAAAUCUUGAAAAUUUCAGCCAGAGGACUGCUUUUUCGUACGAAAACUUGAAGCCAGAGGAAAAUGAUGUUGGCGCCCAAGCGGAUUUGGUAAGGUUGACUCUUCCUUUCUUUUUCGAAAUUUUUCUUUACAGCUCUAGCGUUUAUUACUUUGACUUUCGCAG